UGUAGUUGCCGUUUCCUCUAUUCCACUUUCUUGUAGAAACCACCAUACAAAUCUCUCUCAAAUGAAAACCACCCAAACCGCUGCAUCUGUUUACCCUUCAUCUGAAAUCUAGGGUUCAUCAUAUUUUCCCCUGAAUCAAAGAAUCUCGCAACUCCAAAAACCUAAUUCAUUUCUUUCACAACUUUAAACAUCUUUGAUUCAAUCGAGCGUCGAAAAUGGACGCUGACUCUUGGAUCGCUCGUCUGUCUUCAACAUCAAGGCGUUAUCAACAUGCUCUUCAAUCACGAUCAUCUGACACGUUCAUGGGGUUCGAGGACAUUGAGGUGGAUGAUGAUAUCAGGGAGGAAAUUCAAUGCUCGUUUUGCGGCGGUUAUUUUGAUAUAACAUGUUUGUGUUGUCAUAUCAGCGAGGAACAUCCUGUGGAGGCAAAGAAUGGGAUUUGUCCGGUUUGUGCUAUGAGGGUCGGAGUAGACAUGGUAGCUCAUAUAGCUUUACAUCAUGGAAACAUAUUUAAGAUGCAACAGAAGAGGAAAUCUUGCAGAGGUGGUUCAAUAUCGAUGCUCUCGUUGUUGAGGAGGGAACUUAGAGAAGGAAAUUUGCAGUCCAAUUCUGGAGGUUCCUCCUAUAUAGUUUCGUCAGCCAAUGCAGCACCUGAUCCAUUGUUGUCAUCAUUUAUUUCACCAAUGGGUGAUGAUCUUGUGAUCAAUUCAUCCAAGUCCUUAGUAGAACCAACCGUUGUCAAGAAAAGUACAAUCAAGAAUCUUCCCCACAGCAAAAAGAGCGAAUCAUUGUCAAGUAAAGACAAGGAAGAGAGGAGUAGAAGAUGUGAAUUUGUGCAAGGGAUGUUGUUGUCCACAAUUCUUGAUGAUAUAUAACUUGUACAAACAAGAUGAAAUCCAAUCCAAUCCAUCGGAAUAUAUGGGAGGUAGGGGAUAACCAAAUGAGGUUGAGAACCAUGUUGUUUCACAAUGUGAUUAUUUUUAAUGUGUGCGUAUUUUCCCUGUACUUUUAAAUGCAUUUUUUUCAUAAUGUGAUAUAAUACAUGAUAACUGGUUCUCAACUUUUGCUUA